AGGAAAUUUAGUUCACAUCUAGAACCCGAACCUGAGAAACCAUAGUCAUAGUACAACAACUGAACUUCGAUAUGCCGAACAAGUCGAAGGCAAGUCCAGCUGGAAGCAACGAAACCCGUUCCUCUUCCCCCGACGAGUUCCUCAUGCAGGAGCAGCCUCAUCAGCCACGUGGAUCCAGUGUGGAGUCUAUAGAGACGGAGGAUUCGCCAUCGGAUAUGGUGGAUCAGUCUACCCAGACGCAGGUUUUGACGUACCCUGCCUUGAGAAGUGAUGCCCAGUUCCAUGGCCGCGUGAGAGAACUGCUGAGAGCACUGAACUCGAUCUUGGCCAAGAAGUUGAUGAGGGCUAUCAGGAAUAACCCUGGAAUCAUUGCGUCGGACCUGAACGAUAUUACUUUGCAGCUCGGCAUGCUGGGCUUGAAUAAUCUAGUCCCUCCCGAGGAGGAUCUAACUGGGGAUCAAACUGUGGUACCAGAGCUUCAGCCAGAGCAAAAUCCAUAUGGGGAGCCGCUUGCUAAGCAAAAGAAGCUAGAGACUUCGACCACUCAUGGCCCCUCUUCCGAGCCUUUCAACAAUACUAAUGUCUCGGAAAAGCAUGAGAAGGGAUCAAUGACCGAUAGACAGGACCAAGAAUCCCAUUCCGCUCACCGUGACGACCAUGAAAUGGCUUAAACGGAGAGGGGCGGACCCCGCCACGUGUGGAAGCCUGAAGCCAUCUACAAGUGCUCCCAGUGCUCCAGAACAUACAUAUUAGCUGCAGGCUUCAGACUCGUAUUGGCCACUUUGUGGCGGUCCGGUGAAUGGAUACUGUAGGUAUUUAUGCUUUGCUACAUUUACUUUUCGAAGGAUGCAGGACAUUGACGGACAAUUAUUUGUUCUGUUACAUUUAAUUAAUUUUUGUACUUAAUAUCG